AUGGGAAUAACUGGCUUUGGAAAGGCUACCGCGUCAAGGAAACUUGACCCCAUGCGUUUCGACAAGACGAAACGAGAACCAGCCAAGCCAGUUGCUGGUCCUUCGAAAGAGCCUCCCAAGCCAGUACAAAAGCCAUCUCAAGAGACAACAACUAUCGAGGAGGAAGAUGCUACCCCGGAGGAACCAGAAUACGACCCCUCCGACGAUGACUUGGAACAACCCCAGUUUCCAAUAACACACGAAAUUGUGCUUAAAGACCACACCAAAGUCAUCUCAGCUUUGGCCUUGGACCCAUCUGGCGCUCGCGUCCUGUCUGGCUCUCAUGACUAUGACUGUAAACUCUGGGAUUUUGGAGGUAUGGACCAUCGUUGUAAGCCUUUCAAAAGUUGGGAGCCUGCGGGAAGCUACCAUAUUCAUGACCUCAAAUAUUCCAACGAUGGUCAACGAUUUUUGGUCGUGUCGGGAACGUUGCAAGCCAAACUGUACGACCGGGAUGGUGAAGAAAAGGCGACCUUUAUAAAGGGCGACCCAUAUAUCCGCGACAUGAAGCAUACUUCUGGACACGUUAGCGAGCUUUCGGGCUGCAUGUGGCAUCCGAAAGACUCGAAAACUUUCAUCACAUCGUCCUCAGAUUCCACCAUUCGUAUCUGGGACGCGGAGAACAAACGCAAACAAAAGACUGUCAUCGUGGCAAAGUCUAAAGAACGGGGAGCGCGUACCAAGAUCACAUCUUGCGCCUACUCUCCUGAUGGAGGGAUGAUUGGUGGUACUUGUCUUGAUGGUGCUAUACAUCUCUGGCAAUCAAACUCAAAUUUUGUUCGGCCGAAUCUGACGGUGGAAGGGGCGCAUGUUAAUGGCACAGAGACUGGUUCAAUGGUCUUUUCGGUCGACGGGCGAACUCUUUUGACGCGUGGUGGAGACGAUACCGUGAAAUUGUGGGAUUUAAGGGCAUUCAAAAAACCGCUGGCAACACGCACAGACCUUGCUACCUUAUAUCCCAACACGAAUGCCGUGUUCAGUCCUGACGGCAAGUAUAUUGUGACAGGAGCUGGCGCUACAGCGAAGGGCGGGAAGGGGCGUAUGGUGUUCAUGCGUACGGAAGGACUCGAGGUUGUGAAAACUCUGGAGAUCCAUUCGACGCCUGUGAAGGUGUUAUGGCAUUCCAAGAUUAACCAAAUUGUGACGGGAUUGUCAAGCGGAGAGAUUGUAGUGCUAUACUCGCCGUUUACUUCGCUGAAUGGAGCCAAGUUGCUUGCCAAUAAGGCACCACCCAGGAAGGCAACGGUGGAAGAUAUGUCGGGGGCCCUUCUUGAGCCUGUGAUUCAUAAUCCCGUGGACGAUCCGUUAUUCUCAGAAAACGACGGCAUCAUCAAACUACACAAGCGCAAAAGAGAACACGGGAAGCAAGACCCUCGCAAACUUCGUCGGCCAGAACUACCUGUCACUGGGCCAGGGAGAGGGGGAAGAGUUGGGGCUAGUGCAACCCAACAUAUGGUGCAAAACUUGGUCCGCGAUACCACCCGAGACGAAGACCCGCGAGAGGCACUUCUCAAAUACGCCAACACACAGAACAAUCCUCAAUGGACGUCAGCAUGGUCCGCGACUCAACCCAAACCCGUAUUCGCGGACGUCAGCAAGGAGCUCGAAGAGGAGGAAAAAGAAGAGGAGUAA